CUUCUUCUUCUCACCAUUCACCUCACAUCUCCAUUCAUCCGCUCUACGUUGUUGAAUUGCGGUGAAUUAAUUGAGUCGAAUUAUACAGCGACAUACAUUUCACGUCUGAUUGCCUUGUAGCGCGCUGACUACUGCUGCUGCUGCUCAAAUCGACAGAACGUCUUAGCUUCAGUUCGGCUAUACGCUAGCGACCGCAUAUACCCCAUCUACCAAAAGAAAAGAGCAUGGCUCCCGAUCUACAAGACCAGGUUCUCCAGCAGAGUCUGCAGGAUCCUGAAAUCUUCUGGGGCCGCCAGGCAGACGAACUGCACUGGCACAAGAAGCCCGAGGCCACGCUGCGCAGAGGCACCAAGAAGCUCAAGAGCGGCGUGGAGCAUCCCACCUGGGAGUGGUUCCCGGGCGGCGAGAUCUCGACAUGCUACAAUUGUGUUGAUAGGCACGUGGAGGCUGGCAACGGCGACAAUGUGGCUAUUUACUAUGACAGCCCUGUCACGCAGACCAAGGAGAAGUAUACGUACAGACAGCUUCAGGAGCAGGUGGAGAUGCUGGCGGGAGCGCUGAGGCAGGAUGGCGUCAAGAAGGGCGAUGUGGUUAUGCUAUACAUGCCCAUGAUCCCGGCGGCCCUGAUUGGUAUUUUGGCUGUGAACCGACUGGGAGCCAUUCACUCGGUCGUCUUUGGCGGGUUUGCUUCGAAUGCUUUGGCACAGAGGAUUGACGCCUGCAAACCAGUCAUGUUGUUGACGGCCUCGUGCGGCAUUGAUGGCGCGAAACCGCCUAUUGCGUACCGGCCGCUUGUGGAGGAGGCGAUUAACUUGGCUGUGAAUAAGCCGAAGCGGACAAUUAUCUGGCAGCGUGAGCAGCUCCGAUGGGGCAAGACAAACCGCCUGGACCAGUCUUCGUGGCAGAAGUGGGUGCGAAGUGCGGCCGCCAGAGGCAUGAAGGCAGAGUGUGUUCCGGUCAAGAGCGACGAUCCCAUCUAUAUUAUUCAUACGUCUGGCACGACUGGUGCCCCGAAAGGUGUGCUUCGUGAUGCGGGCGGGCAUGCGGUUGGAUUAAGUCUGACGAUGGGAUACCUGUUCAACAUCCACGGCCCCGGAGAUGUGACAUUUACUGCGUCUGAUAUUGGCUGGGUGGUUGGCCACUCAUACAUCAUUUAUGCGCCCCUGCUGGUGGGUGCCUCGACGGUACUCUACGAAGGCAAACCCGUCGGCACACCCGAUGCUUCUGCAUUCUGGCGUGUGGUGGAAGAGUACAAAGUUAACACCAUGUUUACUGCACCGACUGCCCUGCGCGCCAUCAAGCGAGAUGAUCCCCAGAACAAGUUCUUCUCGGCGGCUGGCGAGCGCGGCGGCCUCAAGUCGCUCAAGGCACUGUUCCUGGCUGGUGAGCGGUCCGAGCCGACGCUUAUUUCCAUGUACCAGGGCCUCUUGGACAAGUACGGCGCAGCGGACGCCCAUGUUAUCGACAACUGGUGGUCAACCGAGGUUGGCUCGCCCAUGACGGGUCGAGCACUCACUCCUCAUGUUGCCCACCACCGGCGAAGCAAGGUCCGCAACCACGCACCGCCCGUCAUUAAACCCGGAAGCGCUGGCAAGCCGAUGCCCGGGUUUGACAUUCGCGUUGUGGACGAGCAGGGAACCGAGACUGCCCGUGGGUCCAUGGGCAACAUUGUACUUGGUCUGCCGCUUGCACCGACAGCCUUCCGUACACUCUGGGGCGACGAAGACCGCUUCUAUAAGAGCUAUCUGAAGCGGUUUGACGGCAAGUGGCUGGAUACAGGUGACGCCGGAUGGAUCGAUGAAGAUGGAUAUGUCCACGUUAUGAGUAGAAACGACGACGUGCUCAACGUGAGCGCGCACAGAUUAUCCAGCGGCGGCAUCGAGCAAGCCAUAUCCUCACACCCUCUUGUUGCCGAGUCUUGUAUCGUCGGCAUCCCAGACGAUAUCAAGGGCCAGCUCCCGUUUGCCUUUGUCACACUUUCAGUGGCAGACCACCCAACGUCGGCGGUUCCUUCGGCACAGCUUUCAGCCGAGAUCCAGAACCUUGUGCGGAAACAGGUCGGUGCUAUUGCGACGCUGGGCGGCAUCAUCCAGGGCAAAGGCAUGAUUCCCAAGACGCGCUCGGGCAAGACGCUGCGGCGAGUGCUGCGGGAGUUGGUGGAGAAUGGCGUGCAUGGCGAGUUUGACAAGGCGGUUGCGGUGCCGAGCACGGUGGAGGAUGCGGCGGUUGUUGAUGUUGCGCGUGCUAAAGUAAAGGAGUACUUUGAGCAGAGCGGUGGUAAGCACCGAGCCAUUGAAGCGCGGGCCAAGCUGUAAAUGGGCGUGGUUGGCGGUGGUUAUUUGUCUACUCUGUGUGUGUGUGUGUUGCGUUUUGGAUACCAAAUUGUUAAACAAGUACAGCGAGUUAUAUAUACAUGAUGUUUUCUAGUGUUCAAUCUAAUAGCAGGUUAAUAGCGUA